AUGUCAACACAACUACAAGUAUCGGAUCCCAGAAGAAGGACAGCUCGUCAUAUACUGACCCCUGACAAUUUAUCAUCCGCUAUCCAAAUAACUAAUUUUCCAAAUCACUGGAAUCAAGAUACCAUUACUUCGGUCAUUGCAGGUUCUGGUCCCAUCAUAGACAUAAACGUCAAAUCAAAUCCAAGGACAGGGAAAUUGAACUCUGUAGUAUAUGAUUAUAAGACAAGCAAAGACUGUAAGCAUGCAUAUGAUGUUAUAUCUCGUAUUGGUGGACUACCAUUUGAAUUGGAGAGGAUUAUUCCACCAAACUAUAAGGAUAGGUCAGGUAUCAACAACAAAGAAGAGUUGAAACUCACUAGAGACCAUUUCCCCUGGAGUAUCAAAUUAGAUAUACCGUUUGAGAUGGUUACGGAGGUACCAAUUCCACGGAAGCCAAUAGAUGCAAUCGGCUCUCAGAAUAAUACUAGUAACAGCAGCAGUAACACCAUGACGAAUAAUGAACCAGCUCAAUUCCCAGAUAUUUUAAGUAAAGCUUCUAAGCAUUUACCUGAAAUGGUGCCUGGUUCUCUUGAGAUUAAGGAUAAUGUAUCGGAUAACUUGAGUAAGAUCCCACCUUUACAAUUAAUUGAAAUUAUUUCAAAUUUGAAAAUACUGGCCAAUCAAGAUUCUUCAAGGUGGUCUCAGAUUGAGAAUUUCUUAAAGACAAAUAAAGAUUUAACGUUGGCUGUAUCACAAGCAUUACUAGAGAUGGGUCUUAUAAAUUAUGAUGUAGUAACAAAAGUAAUACAGAAAAGAAGUUCGACCAACUUGAAUCCGAUGAUAAAUCCAGGUAUAAAUAGACCUGUGUCCGUGUCAAAUUCCAACUCCGGUUCCAACUCUAACUCAGCUUCAAAUAAUAAUAGUGUAACGGGUACUCCAUCUAUGAACAAUAAUUACCAGACACCAAUAAAUACUAUGCCUAUACCAACUACGGCAGCUAACAAUGUGCCUAUGAAUCCAAGUAUGCAACCUCGUCUGCAGAAUAAUACCAUGGGUAUGAAUGUACCAAUGGGCAUGCCACCACCGCCAUUCCAACAGCAGCAACCACAACAGAAUUUCAUGAAUAAUAGAUCGCCUAUGCCUCCAUUUAUGCCGCAACCUCAACCGCAGCCACCGGUGCCUCCUCCAUUUAUGCAGCAACCACAGCAACCACAGCACCCGAUGCCCGUUGUCCCAGCGCCUCCAGCACCAAACGCGAUCAAUAUCAACAUGGUCAAAUUGAAUCAAUUGCCCGAGAACCAGCAACAAAUGAUCAAGCAAGUGCUUUCGUUGACCACGGACCAAGUCAAGCUGCUCCCACCCGACCAGCAGGCGAUGGUAGAGAACUUCAAGAAGGAAUACUUGCUGUAG